AUGGAUGAAGGAGGGAUGAACGGUGCGAAGCGCGGUACCUUGGAGUAUGCAAGGGAAGUAACAAACUUCGUGAUCGCUACCACGAGUUCCGGAUCGUUGAGCUUGACGGAAUACUUGCAUUGUCCAUGUACUGAUUGCAAGAACGAGAGCCGGUUUCCUUCAAAACAAGUUCACAAGCAUCUAGUAACAAGGGGUUUUAUGCGUAAUGACACAUGUCAGGACAAUCACGGUGAAGAUGAGAAUGAAAGAGUGGACAAUCAGGGUGAUGUAAUGGACGAAGACAAUGUGGAGUUGACUGCUGAUGGAGGUGGAUAUGACAGUGGCGAAUCAGAUGGUUUGGAUCAGAUGCUACGUGAUGGGGAGACAACCUACGACAAUGACAGACAAUACGAGAAGUUCGAGACCAUGGUGGAGGAUUCAAAAACCCCGCUUUAUCCAGGAUGCAAAGAGCAGCACACCAAGUUGCACGUCAUACUCUCGUUGCUGCAGAUGAAAGCAAGUAAUGGUUGGAGUGACAAGAGCUUCACGGAGCUUCUACAGCUGAUUGGAGACCUACUUCCAGCGGGACAUAUACUACCAGAAACAACAUACCAAGCGAAGAAGGUUUGGAAUAUAAGGUUUGGUCUGAGCACAGACGGGAUGAAUCCAUUCGGUGACAUGAGCAGUCGGCAUAGCACGUGGCCAGUGGCACUUGUUAUCUACAACCUUCCUUCGUGGUUGUGUAUGAAGCGCAAGUAUAUCAUGAUGCCACUUCUAAUCCAAGGGCCUAAGCAACCUGGCAACGAUAUCGACGUCUACUUCAGGCCAUUAGUGGAUGAUCUUAAGUUACUAUGGCAUCGGGGUGUGCAGAUGUGGGAUGCGUACAAAAGAGAGUACUUCACCUUAAGGGCAAUGUUGUUCGUUACCAUCCAAGAUUACCCCUGCGCUGGUAACACAUCCGGGCAAAUAGUGAAAGGUGGUUGUGCAUGUUUGCAAUGCAUGCGAGACACAGCGAGCAGGUGGCUAAGGUACUCCGGAAAGACGGUGUACAUGCGCCAUCGGAGGUUUCUUCCAGCCGACCACCAGUAUCGUAGCAAUACAAGAGAUUUUGAUGGCACGGUGGAGCUCACUACAGGAUGGUACACAUUUGGAGGCGAGCUAAUCAUCCUAAAAAUCCCAAAAAAUCCGCCUCAGAAUAUGUAUUGA